AGAAGUGGCGAAGGUCAGUUGUGCCGCGUAUUCCUAGCCGAAGACACACCUUGCCAUGUGCUCUUAGAGAUCACUACGAAUUGUGCUGUGUUGUUGAAUUAUUUCACUAGAAUUGUGCCAUUUCGACAUUUUUGGUUUUUCCUUCUAGACAAUGCUUCCAAUAUGGACAUUUUUCCUCCUCUUCACCUUAACACUCGCUAUGGACAACCUUCGUGUCGCCUAUCAAUGGAAAGAACUCGACUUUGAGUUCCCCUCGUCCUCCGCACGUGAAGAGGCCAUCAAAAGCGGAAAAUUCAUACCGGAAAAUAACCUUCCUCUAGGCCUAGAAGUGCACAAAGAUAGGCUUUUCAUCACUGUGCCAAGAUGGCGCUCGGGGGUGGCGGCCUCGCUCAACUACAUCAAACUCUCCGACCCCAUGGACUCGCCCAAGCUGCGGCCGUACCCCAACUGGGAGGCCCACAAGAGCCACUCGGUUGACCCCCCGGAGAUAGUGUCCCCUUUCCGGGUCCGAGCCGACCAUUGCGGCCGUUUAUGGGUUCUGGAUACGGGAAUCGAGGAUUUCACCCAUCCCAAAAUCCACAAAAAUGUCACUCUCCUCAUCUACGACCUUGACAAUGACAGUUUACUCAGGAGUUACAAGAUUCCUCAAGGACAAGUCAAGAGUGAGAGUUUCCUGGCGAAUAUUGUCGUGGAGGACCACAAUUGUGCGGACACUUACGCAUAUUUGGGGGAUUUGGGGGACCCUCCUGGGAUAGUCGUGUACUCGUGGAAGAAGGGGGAGAGUUGGAGAGUGGAGCACAAUUAUUUCUCCAUUGAUCCUCUCAUGGGGGAGUUUAACGUUUCCGGGAUUACGUUUGUGUGGAACGAUGGGUUGUUUGGUAUGGCGUUGUCGAAGCCCGACCAUGAUGGGUUUAGUACUCUCUAUUUCCACCCCAUGAGUAGUACUAACGAGUUCUCGGUUAGUACCAAAUACUUAAGGGAGAACGCAGGCAAGGAGCAUUUCCACGAGUUCAAAUUAUUGGGGAGUAGAGGGCCGAAGGGCCAAAGUGGGGUCUCGUUUCUUGACCAGAAAACUGACGUCCUUUUUUACUCCUUGCUAAAUUUGAACGCAGUGGCCUGUUGGAGGACCACAAACCCCGCCUACACCAUGGAGUCCCAAGGGAGGGUUUACAUGAACAAUGUUACUAUGAUUUUCCCCAAUGAUAUUAAAGUUGACAAUGAUGACAAUCUCUGGGUUAUGUCAGACCGUCUCCCCAUUUUCUUAUAUGGCCACUUGGACAAAAAUGAGGUUAAUUAUCGGGUGCUUACGGCCCCGGUGGCUGACGCCAUCAGAGGGACAGCUUGCGAUUCGAAACUGGUAACGAGGAUUAAAAAUAAUGAUAUUAAAAGUGGGGGGAUGGGAGUUGGUGCUGUUGGAGGGAUGGUCCUCGUCAUGUUUGUUGCCAUAAUGAAUUUGUAAUUUUUUACAAAUAUCCUGUAAUUAUUGUAUAAUUGCCGCGAGAUUUAUUUAUUUAUUUUAGGCUAGUCUGUAGUGUUUUGUUGUAAGUAUUGUACUUAUUUGUAAAAAUAAAGCAAUAGAGUCUUAACAAUUU